ACUGUAAAUAAAUCUUAAUCUUAAUCUUUCUUCCCUAUUUUUAUAAUCUCUCUCUGUCACAUGAAUUCGGGUUAUCUUAACGUUUGUUUCACGAAAUAAAGAUUGUAUCUCUCUGUUUAAUUUCCCUAAUUUUAAUUUUAUUUUAAAUAACAACAACAACUCAUCUUCUUAUUUUAUCAGUUGUUCCAGAAAAACAGAGAGAGAGAAACAAAGAUCCCCUAAUUCACAAAAACCUUGAAAUUUUCCACCGAUUUCAUCAAAUUAAAGUUGAAAUUCUCUUGCCUUUCGUCGUUUCCGUUGAUUAAUCCAACACCCAUUUCGUAUUUCACCCCCUUUCUUUUCCAAUUUUGAAUUUUCAAGAUUAGGGUUUCGGGAUGAUUAUCAAGAAGAAGUUGAAAUCGGCAAUGCCGAGUUUGAAGCGGUGCCGAGUUACUGAGUCAGGUGGUGAUAACGACGACGAGUUGUGUAGAAAAUCACGGAAAAAACGGAAGAGUAACAACAACAACAACAAUAAUAACUGUGGGUAUUAUCCUCUGCAUCUGCUUGGUGAGGUGGCUGCAGGUAUGAUUAGUUUGAGUGAAUUGGGGUUUCACUUUGCAGCCGGUGUAAUCCCCGGGUUCUGUAGUGAUUCGGGUGCGGUGGUGAUCGUUGACUCGAACCCGAACGUGUCGAAGCGACCCGAGGCGGAAGAUAACUGUAAUGGGAAUGGUGAUGGGUCGGUUCGGGCUGCGCCUCGGCCGCCUUUGGUGAGGACAUCGAGAGGGCGGGUGCAGGUGCUUCCGUCUCGGUUUAACGAUUCGGUUCUUGAUAAUUGGAAGAAGGAAAAGAGUAAACUUGAUGGGAAUCAAGAUGGAAGCUUUGACCCUGAGUUUGCACCAAGUAAGGAGAAAUCAAGUUUCAAGAUUCCUAAACAUAGGGAUCAGGUUCAGGUUAAGAAGUAUAAUGGGGAUAAAGUUAGCUAUAAGUAUCGUAAAUCGUUGCCCAAGUUUGAAGAGUUUGAAGAAGAAGAUGAUGAUGAUGAGUACCCGAGUUUUGAGAUGAAGAAGUAUUCAAGAUUUAGUGAACAAGGUGGUGGGGUUACGAAAGCGGUUGAGAAUGUUAGAGUGUUGGAUGAGUUUUCUCCGGGUGAUAUCGUGUGGGCGAAAUCUGGGAAGCAUUAUCCGGCUUGGCCCGCCAUUGUUCUUGACCCAGAAAUCCAUGCUCCGCAACAGGUUCUUGGAUUUCGGAUCGACGGUGCUUAUUGUGUCAUGUUUUUUGGAUACUCUGGAAAUGGUACACAAAGGGACUAUGCGUGGAUUAAAAGCGGGAUGAUAUUUUCGUUUGUGGAAAAUGUUGACAGGUUUCAGGGUCAAACCGACUUAAAUGAUAGUGAACCGAGUGUUCUUCGUUCAGCUAUAGAGGAAGCGUUUCUAGCAGAGCACGGUUUUACCGAAAUGUUAAUGGUCGAAAUUAACGCAGCAGCUGGUAAUUUGGAUUAUCUUGACUCUAUUCCCCACGGGUCAAAUCCGGAACACAAACGUGUUCAAAAACAGGCAAGUUUGAAUCAGUGGUUACUCAAUCGUUUGCAAGUUGUACGUUUGUUAAACUUGUUUAUGUUUUUUUUUUUUUUGCAGGAAAUUAUUAAAAGGCGGUACACACAGUCUUGUGAGGGCUGUGGGUCAACCAUCUCGCUUAGAAUGUUACGUAAAAUGAACGAAACAGAUCCUAAUAACCGUCUUCUUUGUAAUACAUGCACCAGGUUGACGAAAUUAAAACAUCUUUGCGGUAUAUGUAAAAAAAUAUGGAAUCGUUCCGAUACCGUUCGCUGGGUACGUUGUGAUGGAUGUAAGGUGUGGGUUCAUGCGGAAUGUGAUAAAAUCUCCGGUCAUCAUUUCAAGGAUCUUGGAACAAGCGAUUACUACUGCCCAGACUGCAAAGCAAAGUUUAAUUUUGAAUUAUCGGAUUCAGAAACUUAUCAGCCUAAAAGCAGAUAUAAUAAAAAGCAGGAGUCAAUGGUGCUGCCCGAUAAGGUCACGGUUAUUUGCACAGGGGUGGAAGGCGUAUACUAUCCGAGCCUGCAUUUGGUUGUGUGCAAGUGCGGAUCUUGCGGGACACAAAAGGUGGCACUUAGUGAAUGGGAGAGACAUACGGGGUCAAAAGUUAAAAAUUGGAAAACGAGCAUCAAAGUGAAGGGUUCGUUGCUGCCACUAGAACAAUGGAUGCUGCAGGUAGCUGAGUAUCAUGCUCGUGCUGUUGUUUCUGUGAAUUCUCAAAAACGCCCUUCGUUAAAAGCACGAAAGCAGAAAUUGCUUAGUUUUCUUCAAGAAAAAUACGAACCGGUAUAUGCGAAGUGGACAACCGAACGUUGUGCUGUAUGCCGUUGGAUUGAAGAUUGGGACUACAACAAAAUCAUCAUAUGCAUCAGGUGUCAAAUAGCGGUGCACCAAGAAUGCUAUGGGGCAAGAAACGUUCAAGAUUUUACUUCAUGGGUUUGCCGGUCCUGUGAGACACCGGAUAUUGAGCGAGAAUGCUGUCUCUGCCCUGUAAAAGGAGGUGCUUUGAAGCCUACUGAUGUGGAGCCCCUAUGGGUUCAUGUAACCUGUGCUUGGUUUAGACCAGAAGUUUGCUUUGCGAGUGAUGAGAAAAUGGAGCCUGCACUCGGAAUUUUAAGUAUCCCCUCAAACUCAUUUGUAAAGAUAUGCGUCGUUUGUAAGCAAAUUCAUGGAUCUUGUACACAAUGCUCAAAGUGUUCCACGUAUUAUCAUGCAACAUGUGCGUCAAGGGCUGGCUACCGAAUGGAGUUACAUUCCCUGCAAAAGAACGGGAAGCAGAUCACACGGAUGGUGUCUUAUUGCGCUUAUCACAGGGCUCCGAAUCCAGAUACAGUCCUAAUAAUACAAACACCAGGAGGGGUGAUUUCCGCUAAAAGCCUGAUACUAAACAGUAACAAAAACGGUUCAAGAUUGAUUUCAUCACGAAGAUCGCAACUUCUAGAAGCUCCAGUCCCCGAAACUUUGACCGAGGCUGAACCAUUUUCUGCAGCAAGGUGCAGGGAGCACCAGAGAUCACACAAGAAGAAUGGAGAGGGGCUAAUUAUGCACCGAAUUACUCGGCCAUGUCAUCACUCCUUAACCGCUAUACAACAGUUGAAUAGCCUUAGGGAGAAGCAAGAACCUCGAAGUUUUUCUACUUUCAGAGAAAGACUGCGUCAUUUACAGAGAACUGAAAAUGAUCGCGUUUGCUUUGGAAAAUCAGGAAUUCAUGGAUGGGGUCUUUUUGCACGUCGAAAUAUCAUGGAGGGUGAAAUGGUUUUGGAAUAUCGCGGUGAACAAGUUAGGCGUAGUGUUGCUGAUUUAAGGGAAGCGCGUUAUCGAAGAGAAGGAAAAGAUUGCUAUCUGUUCAAAAUUAGUGAAGAAGUCGUUGUAGAUGCGACCGAUAAAGGAAACGUAGCCCGCCUAAUUAACCAUUCUUGUAAUCCAAACUGCUAUGCAAGGAUUAUGAGUGUGGGCGGAGACGAAAGCCGAAUAGUACUUAUUGCAAGAACCAACGUGACCACCGGUGACGAAUUAACAUAUGAUUACUUAUUUGACACGGAUGAGAGUGAUGAAUGCAAAGUCCCAUGUUUAUGUAAAGCGCCGAAUUGCAGGAAAUUUAUGAAUUAGAGAGGUAGCGAUAGCGGAAAAGUAGUACAGAAAUGACAAAGGAUGAGCUCUUCAACUAACUUGUAAUUUUUAAAAAUUUUUCUUUUUGGUAAUAAGAAUGUUAGAUAUAGAAGAAGACCAGCAGGCAGUGUAGGAAGUUAUACAUUGAUAGUUAUGGUGUUCUGUUUUCAGUUUUAUGAAAUUUUAAAGUGAGCCAAAUUGUUAAUUUUACAUUCUUAAAAACCAGUUCAUAUUGACAUAUAUUAAAAAAACUAGACAGAAUUGCCACUUA